UCUCUCUUCCACUCUUUCUCUUCUCUCUCUUUCUCUCUCGAGCUCUCUCUCAAUUAUCGAACCCUAAUUCUAAUACCAUUAUAUAUAGAUAUUUUUUCUUAGCCCUAGAAUAGUAGAACUGGAGCUUUAGCCCUAAUUGGGCUCGGAUAUCGAGGUUUUUAUCCGAAGGUUGUUUGGAGGCUUCAGUAUCGAGGAUAAUAAAUAAUAGUUGCAGAUCCAAUACAUUUCCAAUGACUGAUCAUCGGAAUGGUAAUGGCCAGCCUUCUAAUGGAAAGGCCAGUGGAGCAGGAAAUAGUUAUUCAAUUGAUCUAGAUAAAUUUACUGUGCGAUUGAAGUCUCUGUACGCUCAUUGGAAUGAGAAAAAAGUUGAUAUGUGGAGCUCCUCCGAUGCCCUUGCUAUUGCAACACCACCUCCUUCAGAUGAUCUGCGGUACCUCAAGUCCUCAGCAUUGAACAUCUGGCUGCUGGGUUACGAGUUCCCGGAGACAAUAAUGGUUUUCUCAAAGAAACAAAUCCAUUUUUUGUGUAGCCAGAAGAAGGCCUCUCUACUUGAAGUUGUUAAGAGAUCUGCCAGUGAGGCUGUGGGUGUAGAUGUUGUGAUGCAUGUGAAGGCGAAGGGUGAUGAUGGAAGUACACUAAUGGAUGCUAUAUUCAGUGCCAUCCAUGCUCAAUCAAAAAUGGAUGGCCAUGAGAUCCCUGUGGUUGGGUAUAUUGCAAGAGAGACUCCUGAAGGAAAACUUUUGGAGAUGUGGGCAGAGAAAUUAAAGAAUGCAGAUUUCCAGCUUGGUGAUAUAACCAGUGGAUUGUCUGAUUUGUUUGCUGUAAAGGACAAGGAUGAGAUCAUGUGUGUCAAGAAAGCUGCUUACUUGUCUGCUCAUGUGAUGAAGAAAAUUGUAGUACCAAAGCUCGAGAAUGUAAUUGAUGAGGAAAAGAAAGUCACCCAUUCCUCAUUGAUGGAUGAGACCGAGAAGGCCGUACUGGAACCCACUAAAGCUGGUGUGAAGCUGAAGGCAGAGAAUGUUGAUAUUUGCUACCCUCCAAUUUUUCAGAGCGGAGGGGAAUUUGAUCUCAGACCUAGUGCUGCCAGCAAUGAUGAGUUGUUGUACUAUGACUCUGCCAGUGUAAUCAUAUGUGCCAUUGGAUCCCGAUAUAACAGUUACUGCUCGAAUGUUGCAAGAACUUUCUUGAUUGAUGCCACCCCCAUUCAGAGCAAGGGUUAUGAGGUUCUUCUUAAGGCCCAUGAAGCUGCCAUCAGUGCCUUGAAGCCUGGGAACAGGGUUAGUGCUGCAUAUCAAGCAGCCCUUUCUGUGGUUGAGGCAGAUGCUCCUGAAUUAGUUGCAAAUUUGACAAAAUCUGCUGGGACUGGAAUUGGUCUUGAAUUUCGUGAGUCGGGGCUAAAUCUUAAUGCCAAAAAUGACCGGGUGGUGAAAACAGGCAUGGUCUUUAAUGUGUCUCUUGGUUUUCAGAACUUGCAGGCCCAAACCAAGAACACAAAGAACCAGAACUUUUCCCUGCUUCUUGCUGAUACAGUUGUUGUCACUGAUGAAAAGACAGAGGUGGCGACUUUAGCUAGCUCUAAAGCCGUUAAGGAUGUGGCCUACUCUUUCAAUGAGGACGAGGAAGAAGAAGAAAAGCCAAAAGGUAAAUCUGAGGCCAAUGGCACUGAUGCCUUCAUGUCAAAGACAACACUCAGGUCAGAUAAUCAUGAAAUCUCAAAGGAGGAACUCCGAAGGCAGCAUCAGGCAGAACUUGCACGUCAGAAAAAUGAAGAAACUGCCCGACGGCUUGCUGGUGGUGGAGCUGGGACUGGGGACAAUCGUGCUGCUGUUAAGACUUCGGCAGAUGUGGUCGCCUAUAAGAAUGUGAAUGAUCUCCCUCCUCCAAGAGAUUUGAUGAUUCAAGUUGACCAGAAGAAUGAAGCUGUUCUUUUGCCUAUUUAUGGAAGUAUGGUCCCUUUUCAUGUGGCUACCAUAAGGACAAUUAGUAGCCAGCAGGAUACCAACCGAAAUUGUUAUAUCAGAAUAAUCUUUAAUGUCCCCGGGACCCCUUUCACUCCUCACGACGCAAAUUCAUUGAAAUUCCCAGGGUCAAUAUAUCUGAAAGAGGUUUCAUUCCGCUCCAAGGACCCAAGGCACAGUAGCGAAGUGGUACAGCAGAUCAAAACACUUAGACGGCAUUUUGUGUCCAGGGAAUCUGAGAGAGCAGAGAGAGCAACAUUGGUUACUCAGGAGAAACUUCAACUAGCCGGUAACAGAUUUAAGCCAAUUCGGUUACAUGACCUUUGGAUUCGUCCUGUUUUUGGUGGCCGUGGAAGGAAGAUGCCUGGUACACUUGAAGCUCAUGUGAAUGGAUUACGUUUUUCAACCACUAGGCAAGAGGAGCGUGUGGAUGUUAUGUAUGCGAACAUCAAACAUGCAUUUUUCCAGCCUGCCGAGAAUGAGAUGAUCACUCUCCUUCAUUUCCAUUUGCACAACCACAUAAUGGUGGGGAACAAGAAAACCAAGGAUGUACAGUUUUAUGUUGAGGUGAUGGAUGUGGUCCAGACCUUGGGAGGUGGAAAGAGAUCUGCUUACGACCCUGACGAGAUCGAAGAAGAGCAACGGGAGAGGGACAGGAAGAAUAAAAUUAACAUGAAUUUUCAAAGCUUUGUGAAUCGGGUGAAUGAUCUUUGGGGGCAGCCGCAAUUUAAUGGGCUCGAUCUUGAGUUUGAUCAGCCUCUGAGAGAGCUUGGCUUCCAUGGUGUGCCCUAUAAAUCCUCGGCAUUUAUUGUCCCAAGUUCUACCUGCCUUGUUGAACUUAUAGAGACUCCUUUUCUUGUGGUCAGUCUAAGCGAGAUUGAGAUUGUGAAUCUGGAGAGAGUUGGCCUUGGACAGAAGAACUUUGACUUGACCGUUGUAUUCAAGGAUUUUAAGCGGGAUGUUCUUCGGAUUGAUUCCAUUCCUUCCACAUCGCUUGAUGGAAUUAAGGAGUGGCUUGACACAACAGACAUCAAGUAUUAUGAGAGCAGGCUGAAUCUACAGUGGCGUCAGAUACUGAAGACAAUCACUGAUGACCCUCAGAGUUUCAUAGACGAAGGGGGUUGGGAAUUUUUGAAUUUGGAAGCUACUGAUUCAGAAUCUGAGCUAUCUGAGGAAUCAGACAAGGGUUAUGAGCCAUCAGAUGUAGAGCCUGAAUCAGAGUCUGAGGAUGACGUUUCUGACAGUGAGUCGCUGGUGGAGUCCGAUGAAGAGGAGGAGGAGGAUUCAGAAGAAGACUCGGAGGAAGAGAAAGGGAAGACGUGGGAAGAAUUGGAGAGGGAGGCAAGCAAUGCAGACAAAGAGAAAGGGGUUGAUUCGGACAGCGAGGAGGACAGGAAGAGAAGGAAGACAAAGGCGUUUGGAAAGUCUCGAGCUGGCCCUAGUAGCAAUAUCCCCAAGAGGGCCAAGUUGAGAUAAGAUGUGAUAGGGAAUCUUGUUUCUUAGUCAUUAUCUUUUUGUGGUUUAACCUCCAGCAGCUGCCAUUGCUGCAAAAAUGCAGUUUUCUGAGACUAGCUUGGAAUUUUUAUUGCUUACUAGUUCAUUUUGAGAAUUUCUUUGUUAUUGGCACUAAGUAGCUUAUCUAGAUAACAAGAUAUUUUCUUGUAAAUUGGUUUCAUCUCUUUGUUAGGAGUAAAAUUCUCUCCUUUGGUUGUGUU